AUGCCUGAGCGUGUUCACACUCUCAGCAGAGACUCCUCUACCACCACUCUGAUCCCAGGUAUGGAGACAUCAAUGGUGCCGGAGACGUUCAAAUCUGGUAAGAACUCCAUGAAUAGAUCCUCUUGUUUCCCCCCUGCUUUAUCCGAAUCUGAAAAUGUGCCACCGGCUUGGACAAUUUCGCAAAAUUCUACGACGAGAGAUGUAGAUUUCCGAAAGAUCGUGAAUAUGCUCUUUCGAAAAUUUGAUGCGCCAGAAAUAGCUAAAAGCAUAUUAUCUACUGCUCAACUUACUCAGGAUGUGAACAAGUAUCUAUCCGAUACUAUGCAGAAUUCGAAUACGAAAACUUGUAACACAACACCCAUUGGCAUUCAUGGAAGAUCUAGUCUGGAACAACUUCGAGAUGACCUUACAGCUAUAGAGGUUACAGCCAGAAGGUACUCAGAAUGGUUUCCAGAUGAUCUUGACAUAAGGAACGAGAAAAUGCGAUCUCGCUGUCGGGAAUGGAGGGACUACAAAGAACAAUUGAAAAUGUACAAGAUGACAAACAGCUCGGCAAAUGAAAGUAAGAGUGAAAAAGAUAGCAAGCCCACGUUUGAAGAGCCUGAAAUAUCGAAAAAACCUGUAGAAAUCAAGGCGAGGAAGGUGGUUCCAGUACUUGAUAACAUCGCAAAAACUCUCCGUCAAGGUGCUGACUUACUCAAUCCUCGAAGCUCACAUGGAUAUCAGCACAGGAACGCAGAUGUAAUCGAAGGGUUAUCAUACUUAUCCUCUGUCGUCAAUCACAGAUAUGCUGAACUACAACAAUAUGUUAAAUCCGAGAUGGUCGCCUUGCGCAUGGAUGGCUGGUAUGAAGGCACUCUCGAGGAGCACAUGAUUAGAAAGUUUGGCAGGGAUCCAGCUCAAACUUACAACUUCCAAGACCCUGGGCUUGUAGAGAAUCGCAAACGGUCCGAACUUUUUCAUGAUUGGGAGAAUAGACCAAAGCAAGAUACGCAAAUGGACUGGUUUAGCUGGCAUUCCACCCUGGGCAAUGCUCAAGAAGAACCGGAAGCUCUUGGGGAUAUAGACUCUGUUAUUGCCCAUCAUGAAUCUGAAAGCUCUUCUCAAUAUUAG